CUGUGAUAUUCCACGUGGUUUCGAAGUUUAUUGUUGCUUUAGAGUGCAUUUAGGAUUUUGUCGCGUUGCCGAUAAUAUCUAGCAAAUGAGAUUGUCGUAAGUCACGAAAAUGGCUUAUAUCCUGAAUAAGGCUACUGUUCUGUGUCGACCUGUCUUUCGCAAGAAUAUAAUUUCUGGCCCUCUCAAUAAAAUCACGCUUGUGAAAAGUAAUCAACAGAUGACUAAUAAGACGAAUGCCUGGGCAGAGCAGAAAUAUAAACUUAUGGACAAUAUAAGCGACGGUUACCGGCUUGUGUACAGGGAACUGUCAGCAAUCAGUACAACAAUUACUGUAGCAUAUCAUGCUGGAUGGUUAGGUGUCGCUGUUAGUACGAUUAGCUUGGGAUAUUUGAUCUACAUGAGACCACCGGUGCAAGACACAGUAAGGGGAUCUGAUGAGAAAUUAUUAAUGCCUUUAAGCGCUGUAGGGAGGAUAAUAGCGUUGCUUGGUAGUUUCGCUGUAGCCGCCAUACUUAUAGUAGGCAGCAAAACAAUUCCGUACAGAAUUUAUUACAAUGCUGCGGAGAAAGUCUACAAGGCUGUGUUUGUGAAUAGAAUAUUGGGCAAGAAACAGAUAGAGACUUUCGGCGAAGGUACCGUUGUGCCUGUAUUUAGUCGUAAAUAUAUAGGGGACAUAUUAUUUAAGAUCAACGGCCGUAUUGUAAUACUCGAUAAAGAAUGUUUCCCAGUACAAUCCAUACGUGAUCAAAUGAUUUGCAAAAUCAAGUAGAACUACUACAUAUUUAUGUAUUAUUUAUAUACUGUUGCGUUCUGUAUUAUACACAGACAUUUGUAGUGUCAAGAAUGAUGGGCUCAUUUUGUCCAUUUAUAAGAUUGAGAUAAUAUUAAUGUGUAAAUAUGUCCUUUACAAAAUAAUAUAUAUAUGUACAAAAGUA